UGUGGUUACAAGUCGUGAUGGAGUCGAUUUUACAAUUGCUGCAGGACGUUCGCGGCUAUGCUAGCCCGGCGAACAUUGGCCUUGCAUUGGGCUCGCUAAUUGCUUGUGCCGCAAUCUAUGCUUUCUAUGGAUGCAUUUACAAUAUCUACUUUCAUCCUCUAUCUCACAUUCCCGGCCCUUUUCUCUCUCGUGCCUCUGGUAUCCCGUAUACGCUGCGCUUGCGCAAUGGCAGCAUCGCACCCUGGAUCCAGAAGCUGCACCGUACUUAUGGUGAUGCGGUUAGAGUGACACCCACCGAAGUUUCGUUCAUCUCUGGCGAAACGGCAUGGCAAGAUAUCUACGGAUUCCGCAUCGGGAAGCAUGCAAAGACUGGCGCGUACUCCAAAGAUCUUCAAUGGUUCCCCAAGCCGCACAACGGAAGCUAUUCCCUGGUCGGUGCAGAUGAGGAGACGCACUCUCGAAUGCGAAAGACUAUGAGCCAUGCCUUCAGUGACAAGGCCCUGAGAGAGCAAGAAUACCUCGUACAGGAGUUGAUCGAUCAACUCAUUCAGAGACUCCACGAGAAAGUUGAAGAAAAGAACCCCGUCUUGGAUAUCACGCGUUGGUACAAUUACACGACUUUCGACAUCGUGACAGACCUCACUUUCGGCGAAUCUUUGCAUUGUCUAAGAGAUAGAGGUACUAACCCAUGGAUUGAUAUGGUUUUCAGCGCCCCCAAAGCCAUUGGAACUCUUGCUACCCGCCGCAAGUACCCAAUCUUCGACUAUUAUGACAGAUUCACGGCGUUCUUCUCCGAUAACUCCAAGACUGUUAGCCAGCGUAUCGCGUUCUUCAAGCUUGUGACCACCAAAGUAGAAGAGAGAAUAGCCAAGCAAACCGACCGGCCAGAUUUCAUGACUCACAUACUGAAGAACAAUGGCAUUGGGGAAAAGGCUUUGACCAGACCUGAGAUAGUGGCUAACAGCGCGCUGUUGCUAGUUGCUGGCAGCGAAACAACCGCCACGACAUUGAGCGGUGCAACAUGGCUUAUGCUCAAGAACCCAGAGGUCUACAAGAAAGUUGUUGCUGAAGUGCGAUCGCGCUUCACAAGCCAAGACCAGAUCACCAUGGAGGAAGUCAAUAAAUUGGAAUACCUCAUCGUCAUGUUUCAAGAAGCGUUCCGAUACUACCCCCCCGUUCCUACAGGUUUCCCUCGCAUAGUCCCUCCUGGCGGCGACAGAAUCUCUGGUUUCUAUAUCCCUGAAGGCACUUCUGUUUAUGUUUCCCAGCAUGCGACGAACCAUUCCGAUCGCAAUUUUGCGGAUCCAGAAGCGUUCGUGCCAGAACGAUGGCUCAAGAACCCCGACGCCAAGUACAAGAAUGACAAACAGUCCGUCGUCAAUACGUUUUCCUUUGGUCCCCGUGCCUGUCUCGGCAAAAACCUUGCAUAUGCCGAAAUGCGCCUGAUCAUGGCCAAAGUUCUCUUCAAUUUUGACCUGGAACUACAACCAGAAAGUUAUGAUUGGAUGUCUAGGAUGAAGGUCUUCACACUUUGGGACAAACCGCCGCUAAUGGUGUCUUUGCGGCCCGUAAAGCGGUGAAAAGUCGUUGCGGAGUGGUGACGCAUGCUUUGCCUCGUGGCAUAAUGACGAAGAUACGAUAGAGGAAAAUGCUAGCUAUGUUACAAUGAUCAAUCAUGUAUAUCGUGUACUAAUACGAAUGGGCGACAAGCUCGGCUUUC